AUGGAAGAAAUUUUACUAUCAUCAAUUGAUGAAUCACUUAAUUGUGGUUUAUUUAAAAAUGCAAUGUUUUUAACAGAAAGAUUAUAUGCAUUAUCACCAAGUGAAGAUAAUUUAUUUAAAAUGGCACAGUUGUAUUAUAACAUGGGAAAGGCAAAUCAAUGUUUAUUACUAUUACAAAGCAAGCAAUUAACAAUGAUAAAGAAUUUAUAUUUGUUAGCAUUAUCAAAUUAUGAUUUGGGAAAUAUCCAAGAGUCUGAAAUUUCAAUUUCAAAAUGUUGUGUAUACUUUGAAAAAUAUUAUAAAAGAUUAAAUACGACAACUGCAGCAUUAAACGAAGGUAAUAAUAAUAAUAACAGCAACAGCAACAGUAAUAAAACAAGUUCUGGUAGUGGUGGUAUAAAAGACGAUUUCGACUUGUAUGACUUUUAUGACUUUUCACAAUCUUCAAAUGAUGAAAUUAAUAGUCUUUCGUUUGGUUUCGAUUCACCAGCAAGUAUAGCGUCAAUUUAUUAUCUUAUGGGUAUGGUUAGCAAGAAAAAAAAUCAAAAAGAGAAAUCAAUUAAAUAUUUAAAAAAGAGUGUUCAAACUUAUCCAUUCUUGUGGUUAGCAUUCGAACAACUAUGUAAUAUAUGUCCUGAUGAGAUUAAUGUAGAUGAUUUUUUUACCCAAAAUAAUACAUUACCAAUUAAUAUAAAUAAUAAUAGUAAUAAUAAUAAUAUAACCAUUAAUGUCAAUAAUGAUAAUGAUAUAAUCGAUGAAAAUAAACAAAACCCUCAAAACACCAAUAUAAACUAUAAUCAACAACAACAACAACAACAACAACCAGUCCUUAGAAUGCCACAAUUUAAAUCGAAUGUAGGCUUAACACCAUCUUCAUUUUAUGAUUCAUCCUCAAUUCAUAUUACUCCCAUUAAUUUUAAGGCAUCAAUUCAACAACACCAACAACAGCACCAACAACAAACCAAUCAGAAAUAUUCAAAUAAAUAUUUCAUUACACCACAAACCCCACUUUCACACAUAACACCAAUUUUAUCAAAUAGAUAUUCUAAAAAUCAUGUUGAACCAAUACCGAUGGUAAUGGAUACACCAGAUGCCAAAAGCUCAAUUCAUGCACACUCCACACCAUCACCAGGUGUACAUCAUUCUAAACACCAACAUCAUACUGGCUAUAUCCCACCUCCACCAGUUAAAAAAUUUGAUCCAAUUAGUACACCAAUAUCAAUGGAAAAAAGAAAGCCUCUAUUUGGAAAUAUUUCAUCACACGAAUCAACCAAGACAUCUGUAACAACAACAUCAAAUAAAAUUGAAUCCACACCAAUAACAUCAAUCUCUAAUAAAAAGAAACAUGUUAAUUUUGGUAAAACCGAACAAUUUAAUAUCAAAGAUUUAUCCAGCGAUGAGGAAGAUGAUAUUACCACCACAACCAAAAACACCACAACUACAAAAAAUUUACAACAACGUAUCAUUGAAGAAGCAGAACAAGAUCCAUACGAACAAGAUCAAUUAAAUAUCUCAAAACCAGAUUUUUAUGAAUUUGAUGAAUCCUCAAUUUUAGAUUUUAACGAUACAGAUAUUUACGAAAAUUUAAUUGAGUUGCAUAAAGGACAAACCCAAUUAUUAGAACUGUUCCAUAUAUUAGGUGAAUCAGUUAGAUUACUUUCAUUGUAUUUAUGUAAAGAAUCAAUUGAGUCAUUUAAAAGACUUUCGAUUGAACAAUAUAAUACAGGUUUUGUACUAACCAAAGUUGCAAGAGCAUAUCACGAAUUAAUCGACUAUAAGACAUGCAGAACCAUAUUCCAAGAUCUAUCAUUAAUGGAACCAUAUCGUUUAGAAGGUAUAGAACUCUAUUCAACUCUAUUAUGGCAAAUGAAAGAAGAAACAGAAUUAAGCUAUAUAGCACACAAAUUUUCAGAAUUUGAUAGACUCUCACCAUACACUUGGAUUGUUGUAGGCAAUUGUUUCAGUUUACAAAAAGAUCACGAAAGUGCAAUUAAACUAUUUAGAAGAUCUGUACAAUUGGAUCCAACCUUUACAUAUGCCUAUACACUCUGCGGACAUGAAUAUUUAGCAAACGAUGAAUUAGAAUUGGCACUAAAUGCAUUCAGAAUGGCAAUUAGAUGUGACUCAAGGCAUUACAACGCUCACUACGGUAUUGGUUUAGUAUAUUAUCGUCAAGAAAAGUAUAAUCUUGCAGAAUAUCACUUUAGAAAAGCACUAUCCAUUAAUCCAUUUUCAUCCGUUUUAUCAUGUUACCUCGGUAUGACAUUACAACACAACCCUCAAAAGAUACCAGAAGGAAUUGAAUAUUUGUAUAGAUCCAUAAAACUUCAACCAAAGAAUACAUUUGCCAAAUUUAAAUUAGCUGCCUAUCUUUACGCAAAUCAACAAUUCUAUGAAGCAAUCGAUCAACUUUUAGAAUUUAAAGAACUUGAACCAAGAGAAACUCCAAUCUAUAUCUUACUGGGAAAAUGUUAUAAACGUUUGGGUGAUCUAAAUAAAGCUUUAGAAUAUUUGAACACUGCUUUAGAUCUCGAUCCUAAAAAUUCAAACUAUAUUCGUUCAACUAUUGACAAGCUACAUGUAAAAGAUGAUAAUGAAAACGAGGAUUAUUUCCAAUUAAAUUAA